AUGGCCGACCCUGGGAAGAAAUCUGAUUCACCAGGGGAAGUGGAGCUGUCAGUAAUUCCUGAAGAGCUAGUGGUUGUCGUUGACGGGAAGCCUCUGCCUUCCGAGCCUCCGAAGGGGCCAUCACCAGGACUUGAUAUCGAGACUUCCGUAAUAAAUUGCGUUGAUGAUGCGGAUCAGGUCGAGGGGGAAAUUCCAGCUGGUUGUGAACCAGAGGACGAGCAUGGGGGUAUUGAUGCUUCUACUCAACAAUCUCAACGUGAAAAAACAGAGAAGGAUUUGGAUGAUGCUCUACGUAAGGGUGAUUUCGAUGAUAUUGAUCAAAAAGUGACUCCAAAAACCCUGGCAAGGUGUAAAACUAAUACCUUACUCAAAUCUUUCCAGGUCAAUAAAGCACUGCGAGAUUUAGCACAUGGUGUAAACCCGGAGAAAUACGAUAUAGAACAGCUUGAAAAGUCUGUGGACGAGUUCAUAUCAGCCUUUAUAGAUCCUCUUAAAGCCGACGCCGAUACCAGAUAUGCGUUUCAAAUUUGUUUUGAUGAUGUGGUGGACAAGGCAAUCGACACGAAGCAGAAGAAGUUCAUCUGUCACCCAGUAGUGUAUAACUUGCUCAACUCAAGAUGGUACCGCUCUUUUUUUCAAGUAAGAAAAGAAUCAUGGCGGACACCUAAACGCUGGGGAUACUUUUUUCUCAACCUCUGGACAGUGUUUGACAUCGUCUUUUUUCCCUUUCUCUUUGCCAUUUUCUUCGUCGUACAUUUGGUGAAACAGGCCUUGAGGAGGAAAAGAGAAACUGAAAUAUGUUUCGUUUUGACGCUGGGCAAAGAUACCCCAAAAGAAGAAUUUAAUCAGAUUAAAAGGACGAUAAACUACAUUAUUCGUAAAUAUGGCUGCCACUCUGCCAAAUACUGUGUUGUUUUACACGAAAUAAUCGAUAAUAUCAACUUUAAUGAGAGGUACAAUACUGAGGCUGCACUUCGAGCAAGGAUUAACGCGUUACCGCUGCCAAGCUCUGACAGUUCUCUCGGUGACGAUCUUACGUUCAUCCAAAGUGCUUUCAAAGACCAAACACUUGGGAAAAAGGCCAAAAAGGUGGUCGUGCUCUUU